UAUUAUACCUUUUUCCUAAAAGUAAAUUUCUAAUUUUCAAAAACUAAUUAAAUAUCAUAUAUCAAACAUGUGUCAAUUUGUUUAAAUUUUAUCAUUUAUAAAGUAUCAGAGAACAAAUAAGAAAAUAUUAGCUCGUUUCAAAUUCAAGCUAUAUAGAAAAUUGUUACGUUCCUGCUCGGGUUAAAUGCCGUAUGUACAUAUGUAAAUAUGUAUGUAUGUAUGAGUAGCGUACUACACUUACUAUACUUGACUCUAUCCGUAAUCGUCAGUUCACGUUGUACAUCCGAUGAGUUAUGAAUUUGAGAGGCACAUAGAAGUAUAAUAAUUAUUUAUUAUUACUAUUAUAAAUAAGUAAAGUCACACUGAAUUAAAUAAUAUAAAUAUGAAAUCGAAAAAAUCAAAUAACGUCGGAUUAUUGUAUUUAAAGACUUAUAAUUUGCUACAAGUAUUUGGUUGGAGUUAUAUACUUUACAAAUUUGUAGUGAAUGAUUUUUCUUCUACGACAGAAGCAAAUUUGUGGCAGAAUAUUAAAUGGCCUGUUGUUAUUUUUCAACAUGCUGCUCUUUUAGAAAUAAUCCAUGCUGCAACUGGUUUAGUUAAAUCAAAUCCUGUACUUACAACUUUUCAAGUGUUUAGUCGUAUUAUAGUUGUGAGUGGUGUAUUGUUGGCAACUCCAAAUAAUUAUGCGGCGUCAUCUCAUGGUCUUCCAUUAGCCAUUUUAGCAUGGUCAAUAACGGAAAUAAUCCGAUAUUUGUUUUACUAUAUGAAUCUCAAUGAAUUUGUUCCUUAUUUUCUCACAUGGCUAAGGUAUACGUUAUUUAUUGUAUUGUACCCAAUAGGUAUAACUGGAGAAUUAUUAUGCAUAUAUUCAGCUGUAAAUUAUGCAAACUCUCAUCCAGAAUUCUGGAGUUACAAACUUCCUAACUCAUGGAAUUUCAUAUUUAGUUAUUAUUUCAUUCUUAUAGCUAUUAUGCUAUCAUAUAUUCCUCUUUUCCCGCAAUUAUAUUUGCAUAUGUUUGCUCAAAGACGUAAAAUUAUAGGAGGUGAAACAUCCAAGAAAGCGAAUUAAUAUAAAGGAAAUUUUGAUAUAUUUUAUUAAUAUUUUAUAAUAUUUAUGGUAAAAAUAAAUAUUACAAUAUAUAGCA